AUGAAUAUAGAUAUAAGUUUUAUUUCAAAAAUAAUAACCUAUUUAUCAGUUUCUAUAAUUUUUUCCUUCUUAUUAUAUUUAGUAUUUCCAAUUAUUCAGUUCAUUUUAUAUUUAAUUUAUUAUUCAAUCUAUGCAAUAAUAAUUUGCCUAUUUAUAUUUUCAAUUCUCAUGUUAGGCAUUCAAAUAGAAAACAUCCUUAGAUUAUUUUUUAUUAUUGGUAAAGAUGUAGCAACGAUUUUUAUACAUUCAAUAAAUAGAAAUAAAAAUAAUAACGAUAAUAACAAUAAUAAUAAAAUCAUUGAAACUAAUGGUAAUAUAGAUAAUAUUGUGAUUAAUAAUCAUAAAAACAAUAACAAUAAUGCAAAGCAAAUAAAUGUCAAUCAAGAAGUGUUCCAAAUAGCAAAUAAUAUAAAAGAGAUAUGA